GACCAAGAAGAUUAUUGGCUGCUGGUGAUUUUUAUGCUGCUCCGUCUAAUCGAACUGGAUCACAAGAAGAUCUCUGUGGAGGAAAAGGUUGCCGCUGUGAACAAGUACGACCCCCCUCAGGAAGUGGCAGCUUCUCAGGACCACAUGACUCAGAUCAUGUACAGCAUGAUGCAACCCCAGCACAUCUUCCACAGCACCCUGCCCAGCCUCGAUGCUCCCUACCCCAUGUUGGUGUUGACUGGACCGUUGGCCUGCUGGAAGCGAGAACUUUGUCACCGGCUGUGUCGGAAGUUCAACAAUUAUUUCAGAUACAGCCCCUGUCAUACCACCAGGAGCCCUUAUUUCGGAGAAGAGAACAGAUUAGACUACCAUUACGUAUCUCAGGAGGAAUUUGACAAGAUGGUGAACAUG